UUUCAUGAGUAAUAAUUGAAGUUAAUUAUUGAUAUACUUCUAAGAUGGUUGAGGAUCUUGAUUUCAAAAUUUUUUCAGAGAAAGAAAACGUUCUACAUCCCCUGGUUUGUGGCUACUGGCUUGCAGUGUUUCUUAAUGUUGUUCCAAUGUUUUUACAUGACUGUAGUUUUGACCUCGGCAGGCAUAGCAUGGACAGUUGCUGUAAUUGCAGUACAAUUACUCGUGCUGGGCAUUUGUAUCUAUGCCAUGGUUUGUGUUGGUAUGGACUUAAAAUGCAUGAACAGAGAACAAAGGGCUGGUCAACAUGCAUUUGUUCCCAUGGCACCUGUUGGGGUUGGAGCCAGUGCCCCAGGGGCCUACCCCCAGGGUUACCAGGUGCCCCAGGGGCAGUAUCCAGUGGCUUACUAUGCAGUCUGCCCCCCAGGGGUGACCACAGGGCCAGCUCCUGCUCCCCCAGCGUACCAGGAGAAGCCCCACCCAGAUAAUUACCAUUAAUUCAAUCAACUUGGAUUUCUUUGUCUUUGCUGCUGUCACAGGAGAAAUCUGUGAUUCAGCAAAAAUUUUGGUUAUAAUGCACACAAUCUACAUUGGACCGUUAUCAAAAAAAUGACUUUUUUUUUUUUUU